AGGUCGGGAGCAAAAGAACGAACACCAUGGCGGCAGCUGCUGCUUCGUGCCUUACUCUCCCUUGCAAAUCCAAACCCUUCUCCCCCUCCUCUUCCCUCAGCAACACAAGCAGCAGAAGAGCCGGGUUCGCUCUCCGCCGCUCUCCCGAAGCCACAUCCCUCGCCUUCGCCUCCAGUCUCUCCCUCACUGCCUUCCCAACAGGGGUCGGUUUUCUACGCCCGGUGGAGAAGCCCCGGGCGCCUCCGCUGCGGAGGCCCGCGGUGGUGUGCGAGGCCGCGCCGAAGAAGUACGACUCUGCAUCAAAGAGGACUCGGCAGGCCGAGAGGCGCCGCAUCUACAACAAGGCUCGCAAGUCCGAGAUCAAGACUCGGAUGAAGAAGGUCCUUGAAGCCCUUGAUGUACUCAGGAAGAAAAGUGAUGCACAGGCAGAAGAAAUUCUUCCGAUCGAAAAACUUAUAGCGGAUGCAUACUCGGCAAUCGACAAAGCUAUCCAAGUAGGCACUUUGCAUGGGAACACCGGGGCGCGGAGGAAGUCUAGGCUCGCGAGGAGAAAGAAAGCUGUGGAGAUCCACCAUGGUUGGUACAUCCCUGCUGCUGCAGCUGCUUAAUGUUCUGAGAUUGAGAUCAAGGGCAAUUUAUUGUUAGAAUGAACAAUCUUUCUUUGGAUUUUGUAAGAAACAUGUGAAGAGUAUCAACUUUGCUAAUAGAGUUUGCUGUUGGCAUUGGCCUGAGAGUACUGUUUAUAUCAUCCUAAGCACCUGUUGAAGAAGUUUGAUAAGCAUUCAAUUGUUGACACAGGUGUGGUUGUAUUUAUAUAUAGGUGAAUUGAGAAUGUCAAGAUUAAUUCA